UAAUGUAAAUUGUUUAGGUUAAGAGGUGACAUUGGAAGGGAAUGGACUUGCCGGAAGUUACAACGUUGCCGAAAGUAGUUUCUGUUAUGAGUUGUGGGAGUUUCUGCAAUAGCAAGAAUCACGAAGGCUAACCGCAAAUCCUUAUUUGCUGUCAACUUGCUUUGGACUACAAUUCCCAGAAGGCAACGCUCUGCUCCCUUGGCUCCACUCCCUUGGGGGUUGUAGUUCACAGAAGACGCCUUCCCAUCGAGUUUUACGUGCUUGUCAGCAAGGCCUCUCCUCCAGCCGUAGCGUCUCACUGUCGGGAGUGGCACGGGUUUCCGCGCCUAAUCCUUGUCCCUGGAUGGUCGGGAAGCGGGCGGCCGCCAGGCUCUCUAGGCCGAGCGCUUCGUCUCUAUGACGACGGAGGCGGUCCCGGGUGUUCAGCGUGCGGGCGCGGAGGAGCGCGCGUCAGUUCCGCGCGGGGCUGUCGGGGAAGAUGGCAGCGGCGCCAGAAAAUGUCAGCUUAUUAUUCAAGUUAUACUGCUUGACAGUGAUGACCCUGGUGGCUGCAACGUAUACCAUAGCUUUAAGAUACACAAGGACAUCAGACAAAGAACUCUACUUUUCAACCACAGCCGUGUGUAUCACAGAAGUUAUAAAGUUAUUGCUAAGUGUGGGAAUUUUAGCUAAAGAAACUGGUAGUCUGGGUAGAUUCAAGACUUCGUUAAGAGAAAAUGUAUUGGGGAGCCCCAAAGAACUGAUGAAGUUAAGUGUGCCAUCAUUAGUGUAUGCUGUUCAGAACAACAUGGCUUUCCUAGCUCUUAGCAACCUGGAUGCAGCAGUGUACCAGGUGACCUACCAAUUGAAGAUUCCUUGUACUGCUUUAUGUACUGUUUUAAUGUUAAACCGGACACUCAGCAAAGUACAGUGGAUUUCAGUUUUUAUGCUGUGUGGUGGAGUUAUACUUGUACAGUGGAAACCAGCUCAAGCUACGAAAGUCAUGGUGGAACAGAAUCCAUUUUUAGGGUUUGGCGCUAUAGCUAUUGCUGUAUUGUGCUCAGGAUUUGCAGGAGUGUACUUUGAAAAAGUUUUAAAGAGUUCAGACACUUCCCUUUGGGUGAGAAACAUUCAAAUGUAUCUAUCAGGGAUUGUUGUGACAUUAGUUGGCGUCUACUUGUCAGAUGGAGCUGAAAUUAAAGAAAAAGGAUUUUUCUAUGGUUACACAUAUUAUGUCUGGUUUGUCAUCUUUCUCGCAAGUGUUGGAGGCCUCUACACUUCUGUUGUGGUCAAGUACACAGACAACAUCAUGAAAGGCUUUUCUGCAGCAGCAGCCAUUGUUCUUUCUACCAUUGCUUCAGUGCUGCUGUUUGGAUUACAGAUAACACUCACCUUUGCUCUGGGUACUCUUCUCGUAUGUAUUUCUAUUUAUUUCUAUGGAUUACCCAGACAAGAUACUACAUCCAUCCAACAAGGAGAAACAGCCUCAAAAGGAAGAGCCAGUGGUGUGUAAUUUCAGCCUCAAAGGAGAUUCCUACUAAGAUUGAAACCAUUUGCAUUAAACUAGAGCCUUAAGUCAACCCCAGAAGGUAGCUUAAACAAAGAAUAACAAAUUAACUAUGUGGUAUAAGAAUUAAGAAGAAAGCUAUCUUGAGUGAAUUGCUACCAAGAUUUAAUGUGACCUGUUUGGGGUCAACCCAUUUUGUUUUAGAAUGAAUUUUUUUAUUGUAUAUAUAAUGUAUAUAAAAGUAUGGAGAUAAUCAUGUGAGGCUAUAAUAUUCAAAUAAUAAGGUUUGGGACAAUGUUAAAGGUUAAAGUGCCAAAGCCAUUUCUGUACUAACUGUUGUCUUGUUCAGGUACCAGGGGAGAAGGAUGGCCCCUCCUUGUUCCCCAAUUCAUGUACAGUAUUUUGUUCCAGCAGCAGUAAAGACCUAACUCUUUUCUUACAAGAGAGACAAAAACAAGACAGGCUAGUCAGAAACAAACUGAAUGUGGAACUUCUCAAACUGAAUAUUUCAUAACUCAAGACAAUGAUUUCCGGGUGGUGACUGAAUACUCCUGUAAGUGCUGUAUUUGUGCCAUUUAUUGUAUGGAUUCAUAUUUCUUUGCUGUUAGAUGAUAUACUUUUCUCCAAAAAAUAUUUCUACUGUCUUUUGUACUUUUUUUUAUAAAAUAUGUUUAGCUGUGGGGCUCUCAAUAAUUUAUGAAAUUGUUUUUUUAAAAAAUUUUAUAUGAAUAGGGAAAUUCAGCAAUAAACUUUAUAUGAAAUCUG